AACGAACAUGGCCGAACCGUUGCUUAGUGAGCAAAUUGUCACUGGAAUCUACUGCCAUUCUGUGAAAUGCGUUUACUCAACACUCAUAACUUGACGCUGAGAGAGUUCCAUUCGACCCGGCCAGAGUAUGCUAUUUUGUCGCACACAUGGGGCGACCAAGAAGACGAGUUCUCGUUUCAGGAGCUACAAUCGGGAGAGGAACGCCAUCGCGAAAAGAAGGGGUUUGAUAAGAUCGCCCGCUUCUGCCACAUUGCCAGUACCAACGGGUAUGAUUGGGUUUGGGUCGACACAUGCUGCAUAGACAAGUCGAGCAGCGCCGAGUUAUCAGAGGCGAUCAAUUCUAUGUACCGCUGGUAUAAGGAGUCUGAGGUCUGUUAUGCAUAUCUCGAAGAUAUAGAAAGCGGCAAUGACAUUGGAAGUUCUCGUUGGUUUACAAGAGGCUGGACGUUACAGGAGUUACUAGCACCUAAUGUGGUCGAAUUCUAUGAUUGGGAAUGGACCGAGAUCGGAACCAAGCAUGACAUGCGAGAGACUAUUUCUACCAUCACUGGUAUUGAUGCCAAUGCCCUAAGAAAAAGUCUAGUCCCAAGUCUUUACACUGUGGCACUUCGCAUGUCUUGGGCGGCGCGCCGUGUCACCACCAGAGAAGAGGAUACAGCGUACUGCCUUCUGGGUAUUUUCGAGGUUCACAUGCCAUUGCUGUACGGUGAAAGCGAGAAGGCGUUUCAGAGGCUGCAAGAAGAGAUACUCAAUCUUACAGAGGACUACACUAUUUUGGCUUGGAGAAAUCGGCCGAAGGCCCAUGGAGAUAUGGAACGGGACCCGACAAGUGUCCUCGCGGAGUCUCCUUGGGAUUUUCGGAACGAUACCAUUAAUUUGAAGUUCACUGGCUUCGAUUUCAGCCAGCUAAGGCAAAUUGAUUGGAAUCCAUUCCAACCUCGCGAAAAGGAUCUGACUUGGCCGGGAUGCCCUACACAUGUCCAGUUCAAGUCGCGGCCAGUGGACUUUGAGCCGCCGCGGAAGACCGCAAGAGGGUUACGAGUGACCCUCCCCUUCGUGAUUGAAACCUCGCCAUCUGAUUACCUGAUUCGUGGGGCGAAUCUAGCUUUUCUGUAUUGCUUCCGCAGACCAAGGGGAGAAAUGGUGUGCCUUGUGCUGUACGAAGAGGAUGGAAUCCACUCGAGCAGUACCAAAGGGCAGUUUUAUCGUCCACUUGGCAGGUCCGGCAUCCAUUUCAUUGCCCCUAGAUCAGUAACUUUACAAUUUCGGACCGUCUAUAUUCGAGUCAUUCCUCGAAACCUUGAUCCCACUCCAAACUGGACUCAGUCAGCGUACCAAGGCUUUACAGGACUUAUACUCUUUGGCUCGAUUGGAAAGUCACAACUAUUUAAGCUGGACAGAAUAAAAAUCAUCUUGAUCCACAUUCGACGAGGAUCCGUAUUCAUUCGCCUUUUGAGCAGUUUGGGAGUAUAUGGGAUAUGGUGUCGCUUAUCAAUUACCACCGGCGGUACGUUCGAAGAUGAAAGAAACGCCAUCGUCAACGAUAGGCGGUCGUUUUUGGCCAAUGAAGACCUAAUAAUGGAACCGCGACUAAGAUCCUUACUAACCUUGGACAAUGGUUACAUAGAAUGUAAACUUAAAGCGAGGCCCAAAAGGUGGCUAGACAACGUAACUGCCAUGACUAGCCUGAGAGAAGACUUCGAAACCCUGAAACUCGAACAGUUAUAUUCCUUGGAGUUGAGGACGAGUGGCCCUGCAGCAGAUUCACCACCAGAGCUGGAGAUCCUGGGUAUAGCAUGGAUCUGACUGAAGAUUGCACUGAUGUCUCCUGGGACUGGAAUUUGGAUAAUAAAAUGUAUGAAUGAAUGAAUACACAUGGAAGUGGAGUGAACUUGGAAAUGCUCAUGGUUUCAUUCAAAAUUAGUUCAGAAUCAAAAAGAAGUUUUGCACUAGCCGCGAAUCGAACGCG